AUGGACGAAGCUCAUGUCAAAUUGCCCGAUGGACACCUCGUGAAUCUCUCACCGCGACCUGUACGCCCAAGUGCCUACAAAGCGUACCGAGUCGAGUACGAGCCCUCAGCAGAGCUCUCGGCGACACCUUCACCCCGACACACACAAGAAGAAAGAUCAACAGAGUAUGCCAUCGCAGGAGGUACACCGGGGAAUAUAUCUCAACUGCCAAAACCCACCAAGCUACCGAUCCCGAGGAGUCUCGCUGAAAGUCGUAACGAUGGUUCGAAUCAAACGCCCAGUCCCACUGCACUUCCCAAACUGACCCCGUCAAGCCGUUCCUUGGGACGGCUCGGUGACCAGUCUGGGCCAGUGGACAAAGCUCACGACCAAUAUUGGAGGAAAAUAAGGGAUAAAUUGGAAGACUCGCCAUUGUUAACACGACGUACCAAGAGCAAGGAUAGCGACAAGAACCAAUCGCUUAACUCGCGCAUCUCCUACCACCGUAGCAGACUUCCUACCAGCACUAGCCACGAUGAAACAAGUUACCGGGCAGGCAAUGCACCGCCCAGCAUCCCGAGCCCGAGUACUGUCCACAGCAGUCCCGCUCGGGGGUCGAGGAAUGAUGCUCCCAUAACCAUUCCUGUGGACAUUCAAAGCAAAUGGCAGAAGAAAGACGACCAAUGGGUCAUCAUGGAUGUUACCGAAACCACACCUCAGAAAUCAGUGAGAACAGACGAGACGACUGAUUCAAGCCCUCGAUCUCAUCCUUCCGUCUCGCCAGUCUCCGCUGAGGAUAGUUCUAUCACCGACUGGGAAGAUCGUUUCGUUGUGAAUAUGCCAACUGCAAAAGACCCCAAUCCGCCAACGAUGACGGCUCAACAGAUUGCCGAGUAUCAAAAAAGCAUUGAACGGGUACACCGGGAAGGUGGGAAAAUGGUAGACCCGAGCACAGUGCCUAGUCGUAACGUGUCUCCCGAGAUCAGAUUCAACCCCAGCGAACAGAGAAUUCAGAGCCCAAGGGGGUUUAACACAUACGACGGAACAUGCGAGAGGCGCCAAGCGCCGAGCUUGUCGCAAGAGGGACAUCGCCCAUCGCCGCCGCCUCAUCAAAAUGCUCACCUGGAGCAACACUCACAGCCUCAACCUCAGCAGCUCCAGCCCACAACUGCGUCGCAACGUCAACCGGCGAGCCACUACUACAGCCCAGAUGAAAUAGGGUACAACCGGAUUAGCACAAUUUGGGAAGAAUCGCCCACAAAACCCAAGGAGAAGCGAUACCCGCAAAACGCCGACGGAUCUUUUUUAGGGUGCAGGGAAAUAUCCGGGGAGAAGAAUCCAGACGAAAUUCUCAGGUUCGCUUCCCCAGACGAUGCCAGUCUGCAUCCACCCCCAUUGUCCCUGGGUUCCAAGAACAAGAAGAACAAGCAAAAUGCGCCGAAGGAAGUGAGGAAAGCGACGGAGCAGCAAACCACCCCCAAACUCGAGGAGACGGCAGUCCUUCAGGAAGAGCAACCACAAAUUUCUCAGAAUUCGAGACGUGCCCAAUGCUCGAAGCCGUCGGCUAUGUACCAGGAUCGGAGUUACUCCCAGAACGCAUCCACAAUUCCGCGGACGAGGUCCCAAGACUCGAGCAAGGAGAAUUACUAUCCUACCAGCAAUACACCGGAGCGAUCCGGAAGUCUGGAAGAAAAUCGGGGGGACGACGAUGUGUACAUUAUCACACCCACUAUCACGCGCACUAUGAUUCCCACGCCCGACAAGAAAGCAUCUUCGCCAAAGCCGCAAGGGCUGCGUCGUCCUGGUGGCACAAAUCAUACAGUUACCGCCGAGGCUACCAAAGCCGUCCGGGCAAGGGCUCAGAUGAUUUCCACACCAUCGGGGUUACGCCCCGGGGGACCCAAUAUGAAUAUGAACCUAACAGAGCGUACCUUGACAACUUCCCAAACGUUGCCACUCACCAGCACCUCCACUACGCUGAAAGACCAAGACGACGAGGGUCAAAACAAAGAUCACGCGCAAGAUCGCACUCCAGAACGAGCAGCAGGUACGACAUCGAAUACUAUCCGUGGCUUCAUCCGUACCUCCGGGAUGGCAAAACCUUCAGGGCUGGCCAGAUCACCUACGGAUAGCAUUGCUACGAUGUUGCGCAACAGGACUGAGUCUCUCCGCGCACGUGCGGAAUCUCUGCGGAAUGGUUCAGGGUCACUCCAGCGUGGAAAUCAGAAGCGAUCGACAAGUCCUCAACCAACUCUUCCGUCCAGGGAUAAUUCGGAAUCAUCGCGGUCGGAACGGUCGUUUCGGUCCACCGAAGAAACCACACCUAUCACAGCAAAUCGACCCGUCUCGCCGCCAAAAAUGGCCACGAUGGAAAAGGAGCCUAAUGAAAGCAAACAAUCUUCCUCACAACCACCUGCACCCGCACCCAAAAAACCAGUGACGAAAAAAGUGACCUUAUCAGAGGAACGUCCUUCGUCGAUAAAACCGGACAAGCCCCCUACAUCAACCAGAAAAAUUUCCGUACUAGCAAAACCGUCCAAGUUGAGCCAAACUUCCAAGUUGAAGGAGACCUCCAAGUUGGAUAAAACCUCUAAGUUGGAUGAAGCCUCCGGUUCUAUAAAAUCAGCCGUGUCUGAAAGAUCUCCUCCCCCUAUGGCAGCGAAGCCUGAUACUCCGCCAAAAAAGGAAGCGCACGUGAAGCCCCUACCUCGUCUCCGUACCUCUGAUAAAGUUUUGGAAAUCGCCGAGCUCGAUGGGCUUCAGGUUGCAAGCCCCAAAGAGUCUCUUCAGUCCAACAUCACGGACGUCUCCGCUGAUCUAGGUGACAUGCACUCCCAAGACGAUGAUGAUUCCGAUGACCAGGGACUCAAUCCCUUGGCUCUUUCACUUCUUUUCAAUAUUCUUGUUGUUGCCGUCACCCAAGUGAACAAAACUCUCCGGAUAGGUAUCGACAGUCCUUACGCCAGAUUUGUGGCCAGUAACACCCUGAACAUGGCCAGUCACUGCUGGCGUGUGUUCGAAUGCAUCUACACCGUGAUAUCUCACUACCAGGCCACAGGCGCCUGGCCCAAGCCUCGCAGUGACCAAUCUAUCAGUCAGUUCAUGUUGGAGCUUCUUCAAGCCAUUGUGUAUCUCCUGAUUCUUGGGUUCGCAGCGAUGCUGAUAACACGUACUGUUGGCUACGUCGUUCUCGUGAGCAGUUGGAUCGUAUGGUUUGCCAGGCCUUUCGCGUGGAUCUUCCAAUGUGUUGGCCGUGCCCUGAUAAUGUAA